AUGUUUCGAGCGGGGGUCCCAGGUACGCCUGGCCCGGAGCACGGCAAGGCCGCGCAGGUCACGCACCAUCCGACGAAAGGGACGGGGCUGGCUGCGUACCCGUAUCGGCUGAAUAUGUAUACCAUUCCUCCGAUUCAGGACAUUACUGUGGAAGAGCUCGAGCAGUGGGCCCUGGAUCGGUUGCAUGUCCUGGCCGAGAUUGAGACGGCGUCGGCCCGCAAUCAGCCAUGGUCGGAGACGAAGGGCUCGAUUGAGCGUGCGGUGAACAAGUAUUUGCCGCUGCACUCCAAUGGCGUAGCGCAGUCCAGCUCCAUGACAGCCUCGGCAGCCAAGACGAAGGAGUUGCUGGCGGAGCGACGCAAGGAUCAUAUCUCGCACUUUGUCCUGCGCCUAGCGUUUUCUCGAACGGAAGAGCUACGUCGGCGCUUUUUGUAUGCAGAGACGCAGCUUUUCCGCUGGAAGCUCGAGACGGAGCAGACCACGGAGAAAGAGGCGUUCCUUCGGUCGCAGGACUUUGUAUGGCGUCCUGUAUCGCGCGACGAGCAGCGCCGGUUCCGCGAGCAGUUGCUAGCCGUGCACCCCCGCUUUGCGCCUACGUUUGAUUCAGAGACGUUUGUCCAAGUGCCCUGGCAUCGUGUGCCAGACUUGAUUGAGAAGCGCAAGGUGUUUGUGCACCGAGGCACGGCGUGGAUUCCCAACAAGGAGCAGUCUAGUCUGGUGCUAGCCGAGUUCCAGAACCAGCUCCAGACGCAGCUGGAACAAACAGCGCGGGCUCUUCCGCGUCUUGACGAAGACGACCGGCUCAUGCCUGUGUUGGAGCAUCUCAGUAUGGGCUCGAUGCUAGGCACGUCGAACGAGUACGCUGCCUCGGCUUUGCUUCAUACGGAUGGCGGUACGGUGACGCUGACCGCCGAUAUGGUCGAGCCGCUUGUCCGACAGCACGCGCCGCUGUGCAUGCGGCAUCUGCAGGAGACACUGUCCUCGACGCAUCAUCUGCGACACUAUUCGCGUCUGCAGUACAGUCUGUUCCUCAAGGAGCUGGGGCUGCCUGUAGAAGAAGCGCUGCUGUUCUGGCGCCGCUCGUUUAGUACGAUGAGCGACGACAAGUUUGCGAAGGAGCAUCGGUACAAUAUUCGGCACAGCUACGGAUUGGAAGGCCGUCGACUGAAUUACCCGGCGAAGAGCUGUGCGCGCAUUCUUACGCAGGACCCUCCUGGCCCUCAAGAUACGCAUGGAUGCCCUUUCCGUCACUUUUCGCAGGCCCAUUUGUCGGCGGCUCUGUCUGCUCACUAUGGCAUUCCGGCGGCAGAGCAAGCGGAGAUUCUCGCGGCCGCACAGGCGGGGCAUUACCAUGUUGCAUGUACUCGUGUGUUUGAGCUGACCCAUGCCUCGCAGGGUGUAGCGCGUGGCGAUGGAUUGGGCCAGGGCGAGAGUGUGUCGCAUCCCAAUCGGUACACCGAAGCCAGUUGGCGGCUGGCGCAGGCGCAGGCGCAGGCGUCGACCGAGAUGGCCGUCGAAAGCGCGUCGUAG